AAGCACGACACUCGCGUUACAACACGGUUCUUAAAAUAAUGACUGUGUAAUAAUAUAUUCGUUAUCUGCGCGUUUCGGUGUGAUUGUAAUCCAAUUUAAAAUCUACGUAUAAUAUUACAAAAUGACGAGAUCUAAUCAGUUAUAUGUUAUCCAUUCUGCAAAGUGAAUGAAACUAAAUAAAUGAAGUUCGAUAACCUACAAUUGUAAAAUGGCGGGAAUAAUCAUUGUGUGUUUACAGUUUUUAUUUUUUUUUAAUCUAAGUGUCCAAGGCUACGAGUUGCAGCAAGUACUUAUACUAAGCCGACAUAAUAUUCGAGCUCCUUUGUUGAACAAUUUAAAUAACCUCACAACAUACAGUUUUCCACGAUGGAAUAUAAAACCAGGAUAUUUGACUGAGAAAGGUGCAAAACUGGAGAGAUAUAUUGGACACUAUAUAACUGAUUGGUUAGUGAAAAAAGGUUUAUUACCAAAUGGAUGUCCAGAGCUAAGCUCGAUACACGUGUACGCCAAUACGAGGCAAAGGACGCGUGAAACAGCCAAGGCGUUUGUGAACGGAGCAUUUCCAAACUGUAACAUAACGGUUUACAGUAAAAAUUCGGACGAAAUGGAUCCACUGUUUAAUCCCAUAGUAAGAAACCGAUCAUCUAUUUUAAAAGAAACCAUUGUUAAUGAAAUGCAACAGAGGAUAAACAAGUUAAAGCUACAUAAUGCCUACGUAAAGUUAAAUGAAAUAACUAAUUUGAAACAUUCUAAUAAGUGUUUAGUUGAAAACUUUUGUGACUUUGCAAAAGAAAGGGAUGACGUUGUAUAUGAAGUUGGACAGGAACCAAAUGUGAUUGGACCAUUAUAUUUAUCAAACGCAUUAGUUGAUGUUUUUCUGAUGAGUUUCUACGAAGGAAUGUCACUAAACGAUGUUGCCUGGGGUAAAAUUAGAACCCCAAAAGAGUGGAAAUUAUACACUGACAUAGUUCGAGAAAAUCUCAAUGUAAGAUUUAACGGUACUGCUCUUAGUAAAGAAGUCGCUAGGCCGUUGUUGAUGUAUAUUAACGAUAUUCUUAAGAGUGAAAGCGCGCCAAAAUUAACGCUUCUAGUGGGUCAUGACGCCAACAUCAAUUCUGUGAUGGCAGCGAUCGGCUUCAAGUCUUAUGUGUUACCAGAUCAGUUUGAACUUACCCCAUUAGGUGGAAAGCUAGUAUUUCAAAGAUGGUAUGACAGGAAUUUAAACAGAAAUCUACUAAAAGUCGACUACGUUUAUCCUACUUUCGAACAAUUAAGAAACGGAGAAAGACUGUCUCAGGAAAAUCCACCACAUUGGGUUCAUAUGGAGUUAAAAAAGUGUACACCUGUCCAUGAAUUUUUUUGCGAUUGGAACGAUUUUAUCAGGGAUUUUGAAAACAUUUUAAAAAUGUAACUUAGAAAUGCUACAUAAUGUUCUUUUCCACCCAUUAUUAAAUUAUUUGAUUAAAUAA